GAGCGGAGCCGAGUGGAGAGGAAUCCAGCAAAAGAGAGCAGAAUCCAGCCAGUGGACUCCGCAGCCCUCGCCUAGGACAGCAGCGCGCUGGGCAGGAGUUUGAGGACGCGCAGCGUAACCGGUGGAGCCGGGCCAGGACCCCCCGAGCAGUCCAGUGCAGCGCCGCGCAGCCCCGACCCGCGCAGCCCGCCGAGCCCCCGCCGCCGCCGGUCCGGGCAGCAUGAGGCGCGCGGCGCUCUGGCUCUGGUUCUGCGCUGUGGCGCUGCCCCUGCAGCUGGCCCUCCCGCAAACUAUCGCCACAAAUAUGCCUCCCGAAGAUCAGGACGGCUCUGGGGAUGACUCUGACAACUUCUCUGGCUCGGGUGCAGGUGCUUUGCCAGAUAUCACCUUGUCACAUCGGACCCCCUCCACCUGGAAGGACACGUGGCUCCUGACGAUCAUGCCCACAGCUCCGGAGCCCACCAGCACAGAGACCAUUGCCACCUCCAUCCUGCCCGCUGUAGAGGGGCGCGAGGAGGGAGGAUCGGUGCGUCUGACAAAAUUGGAGCCUAGCCUCACUGUUCAGGAGGAGGAGACAUCCCACCCACCCAGUGAGACCACACAGCACCCAACCACCCACCGGGUCUCAACAGCAAGAGCCAGCACGGCCCAGGCACCUGCUACCACCCAUGCCCCAAAGGACGUGCAGCCUGGCCACCAUGAGACCUCAGCUCCCAUAGGACGUGACCAUGCCUACCCUCAUGAUCCCAGCCUGGAGGAAGGAGGCCCUUCUGCCACUGAGGGGGCUGCUGAGGGGGCCGCUGAGGAUGGAGACUCCAGUCAGCUCCCAGUGGGAGAGGGCUCUGGGGAGCAGGACUUCAUCUUUGAAACACCUGGGGACACCACAGUCGUGGCUGCUGUGGAGCCUGACGAGCGGAAUCAGGCCCCAGAGGAUGAGGGGGCCACCGGGGCCUCACAGGGCCUCCUGGACAGGAAGGAAGUCUUGGGAGGGGUCAUUGCUGCAGGCCUCGUGGGGCUCAUCUUUGCCGUGUGCCUGGUGGGUUUCAUGCUGUACCGGAUGAAGAAGAAGGACGAGGGUAGCUACUCCUUGGAAGAGCCGAAACAAGCAAACGGCGGCGCCUACCAGAAGCCCACCAAGCAGGAGGAGUUCUAUGCCUGACGGGAGACAGCGGUUCUCCCCCUCCCCACUGCCACUCACUAGGCCCCCACUUGCCUCUUCUGUGAAGAACUGCAGGCCUUGGCCUCCCCUGACACCCUGCCACCCCAUCAGCACCCUCGGCCACUCUGGCUUGCCCCUGCCCAAAGAGCACGGGGCUGCACUGGGGAGGUCUACUCUGCUUCUCUGACUUCUGCCGAAAGACUUGGGACACGCGCAAGGGGUUUCUUGCAUAUGACUUUUCCACCACAGCCAGAACCUGGCAUCUCACCGUUCUGACUCAGUUUCUUCAAACUUGAGCAGCCCCUCCCCAAGCCCAGCUGUGGAGAGGAAGGGAAUACUGCUGCUUUGGACCUGGAUGGCCUGCUGUGGCUGGAAGAUCCUGUGGGUGAGGGCUUCUGGCUGACACAUCUAUAGCACUUACUGGUACAGACCAACCAUCUUUGGGGCGUUUACCACCGAGUGGCAGGGGUGAGGAGUUCAGGACUCUCUCAGCAUUCACUUUGUUUUAUGGGGAAGUCUAAUUUAGAUGUCAACUUGUUUUUGCACAUGCUUCUUAUAGUUUCUUUGUUCAUAAUCCCGGUAGACUUGGCUUCUUCUGAGGUAAGUUAAGUAAAGGGAUUUGGUAUCCCCCAUCUUGCUUCCCUAAUGUACCGUCAGGAGACAGCAUCAGGGUUAAGAAGACUUUUUUUUUUAAAAAAAACUAGGAGAACCAAAUCUGAAAGCCAGAGUUGAGGCUGUUUGUGUGUUGUUUCUGAGUUCGUCACUCACUUGUGCAACAGGGUAUGGAGUAUCUGCUUUGUGGGCUCCAUUGGUGGGGAAGUCGCCUCUUGUGAGUAGACAAGCCUGUGUGCAUGAACUCACGCCCUCAGCUGGGGCCUGGCCUACUGGGAAAUUGGAGGAGCCUGGCAUGAGAAUUGGAUUCUGGCAGCUCAGGGCUGGGUCCGGGGAGAGGACUGUGAGAUGGGAGUUUCCCCACAGACCAUGUCCUUCCUUCCUCUGGGCCAUUUCUGUGGGACGCUUUCUCCUGGAAAUUGACAAGAGGGCGGUCUCAGGAACCCUGACACUGAGCUUCUCAACUAAGAACCAGGCUGACCUUUGCUCGGCUCCUGUGGCCCUGCCCUGGGCUGGAAAUCAGGACUGUUUUCCAAAGAGUGAUAGUCUUUUGCUUUUGGCAAAACUGUACUUAAUCCAAUGGGUUUUUUCCCUGUACAGUAGAUCUUCCAAAUGUAAUAAACUUUAAUAUAAAGUAGUCAUGUGAACGCUAAUGCUUUUGCUUCUUCUCUCUGCUCUGGUUGUGUGAACGUGAUCAGCCUUUUCUCUAAACACCAACAGUAUUGGGAAACUUGGCUAAAAUCUCUGUGCCUUCAUCUUCCUGUGUGGAGGGAUUCUGGGUCCAGAGUCCCGCUGGUUUAUAUUUGUUUUGGCUAAAAUUUUUCUAGGGGUCAGUAGGUUCAGCCAAGGUUAUAUAAGGCCUGAUGUAAAUUUCUGUGUUGCCAAGCUUGAAGCAGCCACCUUCUGAAUGGCCAGAGAAGCUGGAAGGGCCCCGGUACAGCUUGACCUGAGGCUCCUGGCCCCGGCAGAGGCCUAGAGCCAAGGCCAGCCUCUCAGACACGUUGGACGGUCCUCCCACCCUUCUCCCACACCUGCUCCUUUGCUGGGACCAGAGGCUCCAGCCAAGGGUUCCUGGGGAUUUCUGUACUUGAUUAUUUAAUUUGACAACGUUCCAGCUGCUGUUGGCUGCUCUGUUCUAGCAGCCUGGUCUGUGACUCAGAUGCACCGUCAAGCAAUGGGAACCCAUUCCCUGUGUUCAAUCCUGGGACUUUCUGACUGGAGCAUGUGACUGGACAUGACUUGGGGGUGGGAGAGGGAACAGUGACAGUACUCAUCUCUUCUGGUCUAAGGGACGGCACCCAUGCUGCUGGCUGGGCUCAUUCAUGUAACUGUAAUAAACGGUACUUGU